AUGGCAUGGAGCCCACGUGCAGCGCGCCCGCCUGACGUACCCGCCUGCACUUGGAAGGAAGAGGGCUUCGUCUUUCUGGGCAGCCCAGUUGCUGGGGAAGAUGAGCCCUCGGCAGCCUUCCUCCGCGCCGGAGUCUCGCUUGGCUCCAACAACGCCAUGCAGCAGCAUUGGCAUGCCGCGGCCGAUGGGUGUGUCGCGCUGCUUGCCAAGCUCCGGCAUGCUCACUCUCGACGCGCGGAAGCUGGGCAGGCGCAGGGCGAAGCCGUCCUCAACGCCUCUCAACUCUGCCAGCUCAUGCUUCGCCUGUGCGUCGAGCCCAAACUCGUCCACCUCCUCCGCGCCUCCCCACCAGGUUGCCUGGGGCACGGGCCGGCGCUCAUGGAUGCGACCUUGCAGGCCGCCUUUGCCAGCAUUACGGAACUGGGCCCGCUCCAGCCUCACCACCUGGAGCAAAUGUCGCUGCCUGUGCAGCAAGGCGGUUGCGGCAUCGGGGCCCUAUCUCUCAAGCAUGGCGCAGCCUUUGCAGGGAGCUGGGCGCUGUGCCUUGCCCCGGUCUUAGCGCGGCUUCCUGUAGCAGAUGCCGCCGGCAUCAUGACAGCCCUGCAGGUUAACGACAGGACCCAUCCCGUGGCAGCGUCGCUCCUACUUGCGCAAGACGUGCUGCGCACCAGCGGUGUAUCGUCUGCCAAGUUGCCUGACUGGGGCGCGGUUGCCAAAGCGCCACGUCGGGGCUGUCAGCACACCCUCUCCGCUGCUGCCGCCGUCGCCGCCAGAGAACGCUUGCUCGCCGGGCUCGAGCUGCGCGACGCAGCCCGCGUCCGGUCUUGCGGCGGCGACGGAGCCGGGCAGUUCCUUGUCUGCCCUGCGCGCGAAGGCUGGCGUACUGAACUCUUCGAUGGAGCGUUCUGCCACGCCGUUCGCUGGCGCCUGGGUGUGCCGACCACCUCAGCGGGCCAAACCUGCCACAUCCGCUGCCAGGCGUCGGGCGGACGCUGUGCACCACCACUGGACCCGCUGGGCCACCACGCAGUCGUGUGCAAAUACGGGGGAUUCAAAACGUUUCGCCACUCCCGUCUUGUCCACGAACUGCGCGGUGUGCUCCGCGAGUCCGGGGCCGUUGUGCCGGCCCGUGAAGUUGAGGUGCCCGGAUGGCAGCGUGCUGACGGCACGCGGGCGCGGCUAGACGUCGCGUUCGCGUGGGCAGGCCGUGAGUGCUAUGCAGACGUCACCAUCCGGCACCCAUGCGCCGCCAAGUAUGUCCGACAGGCUGGUGCGCAGGACGGGGCCGCGCUUCGUCUUGCGGAGGCUGGAAAGCGGUCGCGCUACCCGGCGGUCGCCGCCGCGGGGCUGGAUGCGGUCGAGCCCUUCGCCGUUGAGACAUUCGGCCGGCUCGGGCCGAACGCGGUGCGCCUGCUCCGGACGGCGCGGCAGCAGGCUGCGGAGCGGCAGGCCCCGUAUGCUCGCUGGGCGGGCCCUGCCUUGCACCAGAAAUGGCUCGCGUCCCUCAGCUGCUCGCUUCAGCAGGCCCUGUAUGAGGCCUCGAGAGCUAGCUGGGGGUCGCGGGACAGUGCCGGUGCCAAGGAGACUUCCAUUGCCGAUACAGGCCCGGACUGGCUCCCUGCUCUAGAGAAGCAUGUGGGCAAGUUCCUGCGAGCUGCCUCUGAUCGUGUCCUGUUUGGGCAAAUUUUGAUGGCCGAUGGCCUGGAUGCUUCCCUGCAAGAUUUCUUCGAGCAAGCUUUCUCGGCUGAGCCCAUUUAUGGUCUGGAUCUUCUAGGCAGUCAAGCACAAGAGCUGGCCAAGACGAUGACCUUUGCUGGUCGUCGAAGCCUAGAUCCUCUCUUGCAACAUUUGAGAGACUACAAGGCCGGGCGCAUGUCCUGGUCACAGUAA